AGUCUUACUUCACUUUUUCCUCUCUGCGUACCGUUCAGCCAGCACAACUUCGAACAAGAGUAACAGCGAGGUAUGCGACUAAUGGUAAUGGAGACCACGACAUAAGUAGAAGUAGUCUGUGAAUGCAGAAAUAUCGAUUUCGAUAGUGCUUAAUCACGUGUAGCGCAAUAAGGUAGCUGUAGAGCCUUAGAGGCUGCAUGUUGGCGUUCAACAUGAUGACGCACUAGCGGCAAGUAGCUGAGAGCUUCUCCAGGUCCAGAGCGACCAGAAAAUAAUGAGUAAAAGCCAGAAGAUUCCGACGUUUGGUCGGAAGACGACCACCACACCGUACGAAGAUGACGCGAAUGCCGCAGGAGCUUCUUCAAGUGGCAACGCAACUAGACCAGGGAAUAAAAAUGCGCAGAACAAAAUCGUCGAAGAGCGUCUGGCUGCAUUGAAAGAUCUGUGGAAUCGCCAAACCAGGAAGAGCUGGACGGGCUUGGCGAAGGGAGUUCUGCGUUACCGAUUUGAAGACAACGUCAACGGCAAGACCACGGCAGGCGUACCCGAGGUUCUCAUCCUGCAAGGGCAACGGAAAAUCAACGUCGGCGAGUCGCUGGCCGUUGAAGAAGCAUUGCAUCUCGCCGAGCGCGACAAUCUAGCUGUUUUUGAAGUCAAAAGAGACGACGAGCAACAUCAAGACAAAGCCUAUGCCCUGCAUCGUGUCAGCCUGCAGAAACUUUACAGUCUCGUGUGCGCGUCGAUUGGCCUCGAUUCUUACGUGGUCUAUGGAAGACUAAGGCGUGCCGGCUACAUUAUCUCGAGCAGUCCGAAUCAGGGAAAUGCUAAAGCUGCGUCCAAGGAGCUGCAUGCAGCUGGCGAGAAAAAGUCGCGAGCCUCCACCGGGUCUUCAGAAGUUGUACAAAGCAAGAAAAUGGGCCAGGCAGGCUCAGGCGCUAUCCUUGAAGCAGAGAAGAAGGCAGGGCCUUGCUCUAGAGACGAGCGCGGUGACACUGCCACGGCAGCGGAGAGUAAGCGCGCCAACCCCGAGGCUGGGGGGAAGAAAGCUAAGGCACCGGAUCAGGGCAUCGGGGUAGAAGAGGCUUUCGUAACUUUGCUUUCAACCUCUCUUGCGGAACGGGCCAAACGAGAACUCGAAGGCAUAAACAAGCUGAAGCAGGAGAACGGAGCAGAUAUCAACACAAAGACUGCAAGAACAAGUCUGAGCGAACAAAAUGAGCAUAAUGUUAAUCCCAGGAAUCCGGCGCCGGCGCCGCAGUUCCCGUUGUAUUUUGUGCCAGAGCCCAUUGUACUCACUGAUGCGAUUCCAGAGAUUCCACCCGAAUUUGUGGAUCGCCGAGAGGACUCCGCGCCGCUACCCAGUGCGCACUCACCGUCAGCUUCCAGUCGAAAGCGAAUUCGCGAAGAGCACGAGACUCAUGAUGUUGUGCAGCAGAAAGACCAUUACUUUUCUGCCCGACCCGUAGCGGGAAAGCCAAAACAUUGGACAGUUUCCCAAGCAAACCAAGGAAAAAAACGACUUUCCGAAUCGCGCAGGCCCUUGGUGAUUCGGGACGGGCAUGCGGCCUUUGAUAUAGAGCUGUCUGGCAGCGACAACCCAACGUAUGUAGCCCUUUCAAACAACGGCGAAGUAAACUGUCUAGAAGCGCUCCCGGUUGAUUUUGGGAUAUAGGAAAUGAAGAUAAACGCCAACAACUGCUGCAGGCAGUGCGUGCCUUUUAACUAUUUUUUAUUUUUGAUGAGGCAUCUAUCAGUAGCAGUAUAGCGAAGAGUAAGCGACAAAGGAACCAUGAAAAGAAACAAGAAG